GCGGCCACGGGGGUCUCAUUAGGGAUGCGGGUUCCCUCCUUACCUCCCUAGUCCGGAUCCCGGCGGCGGCGGGAGAGCUGUUCGCGAGCAGUGCGGAAGGGAAGGCGGGCGACUCCGGCAGUGACCGUGGCGGCGUCGGUCGCCCCGCCGUGGGAGGCUAUGGGGACGCGCGCAUCCUUAGGGUGCCCAGCGCGCGGCGGCUCGGAGCGCCCUGCCCCGCUGCUGUAGGGAGCGGCCGUGGAACAGUCGCUCGCUGAAGACCCCCGGGACCCACUCUCCUCGGCCCCCCUGGUUCGCCGAGCCUUUCCCGGGUAGCGGAAGAGGACCUGUACUCCUAAGCGGGGCGAGCAGUAUGGGGAGAGCGGCCGCCGCAGGAAGAGGCGCUGGAGGGGCGCGCCGGUGGCUCCCUUGGCUGGGGCUCUGCUUCUGGGCGGCGGGGGCUGCGGCUGCCCGAGGAACCGACAAUGGUGAAGUCCUCCCUGAUUCCAUCCCAUCAGCUCCUGGAACGCUGCCUCAUUUCAUAGAGGAGCCAGACGAUGCUUAUAUCAUCAAGAGCAACCCCAUUGCACUGAGGUGCAAAGCAAGGCCAGCCAUGCAGAUAUUCUUCAAAUGCAAUGGCGAGUGGGUCCAUCAGAAUGAGCAUGUCUCUGAGGAGAGUCUGGAUGAGAGUUCAGGCUUGAAGGUCCGGGAGGUGUUUAUCAACGUCACCAGGCAGCAGGUGGAGGACUUCCACGGGCCCGAGGACUACUGGUGCCAAUGUGUGGCGUGGAGCCACCUGGGGACCUCCAAGAGCAGGAAGGCCUCCGUGCGCAUUGCCUAUUUACGGAAAAACUUUGAGCAAGACCCGCAGGGAAGGGAGGUACCUAUCGAAGGCAUGAUUGUGCUACACUGCCGGCCGCCUGAGGGAGUUCCUGCUGCGGAGGUGGAAUGGCUGAAAAAUGAGGAGCCCAUAGACUCUGAACAAGAUGAGCACAUCGACACCAGGGCGGACCACAACCUCAUCAUCCGACAGGCGCGGCUCUCAGACUCCGGGAAUUACACUUGCAUGGCGGCCAACAUCGUAGCCAAGAGGAGGAGCCUGUCAGCCACAGUGGUGGUUUAUGUGAAUGGAGGCUGGUCUUCCUGGACAGAGUGGUCAGCCUGCAAUGUUCCCUGUGGGAGAGGAUGGCAGAAACGUUCCCGGACCUGCACCAACCCAGCUCCUCUCAAUGGUGGAGCCUUCUGUGAGGGAAUGUCAGUGCAGAAAAUAACCUGCACCGCUCUCUGUCCUGUGGACGGGAGCUGGGAAGUGUGGAGUGAGUGGUCGGUCUGCAGCCCAGAGUGCGAGCAUCUGCGGAUCCGAGAAUGCACAGCCCCUGCCCCGAGAAACGGGGGCAAAUUCUGCGAAGGUCUAAGCCAGGAAUCCGAGAACUGCACAGACGGCCUUUGCAUCCUAGAUAAAAAACCUCUUCAUGAAAUAAAACCCCAAAGCAUCGAGAAUGCCAGUGACAUCGCUUUGUACUCAGGCUUGGGUGCCGCGGUUGUGGCCGUUGCAGUCCUGGUUAUCGGCAUCACCCUGUACAGACGCAGCCAGAGUGACUAUGGUGUGGACGUCAUCGACUCUUCUGCAUUGACAGGUGGCUUCCAGACCUUCAACUUCAAAACAGUCCGUCAAGGUAACUCCCUGCUCUUGAACCCCUCCAUGCAGCCAGAUCUCACAGUGAGCCGAACGUACAGCGGGCCCAUCUGUCUCCAGGACCCCCUGGACAAGGAGCUCAUGACGGAGUCCUCACUCUUUAACCCUUUGUCGGACAUCAAAGUCAAAGUGCAGAGCUCGUUCAUGGUCUCCCUGGGAGUGUCCGAGCGAGCCGAGUACCACGGCAAGAAUCAUUCCGGGACUUUCCCCCACGGAAACAACCGCAGCUUCACGACAGUGCAUGCCAGAAAUAAGACGCCCUACAUCCAGAACCUGUCAUCACUCCCUACACGGACCGAGCUGAGGACCACGGGUGUCUUUGGCCAUUUGGGAGGACGCUUAGUAAUGCCAAAUACAGGGGUGAGUUUACUGAUACCGCACGGUGCCAUCCCAGAGGAGAAUUCCUGGGAAAUUUACAUGUCUAUCAACCAAGGUGAACCCAGCCUCCAGUCGGAUGGAUCCGAGGUGCUCCUGAGCCCAGAAGUCACCUGUGGUCCCCCUGACAUGAUCGUCACCACUCCCUUCGCCUUGACCAUCCCACACUGUGCAGACGUCAGCUCUGAGCACUGGAACAUCCAUUUAAAGAAGAGGACCCAGCAGGGCAAGUGGGAGGAAGUGAUGUCGGUGGAGGAUGAGUCCACAUCCUGCUACUGCCUGUUGGACCCUUUUGCAUGUCACGUGCUCCUAGACGGCUUUGGGACGUACGCCCUCACCGGGGAACCCAUCACAGACUGUGCCGUGAAGCAGCUCAAGGUGGCAGUUUUUGGCUGCUUGUCCUGUAACUCUCUGGACUACAACUUGAGGGUCUACUGUGUGGACAACACCCCUUGGGCAUUUCAGGAAGUGGUUUCAGAUGAAAGGCAUCAAGGUGGACAACUCCUGGAAGAACCAAAGUUGCUGCAUUUCAAAGGGAAUACUUUCAGUCUUCAGAUCUCUGUCCUUGAUAUCCCCCCAUUCCUCUGGAGAAUUAAACCAUUCACUGCAUGCCAGGAAGUCCCAUUCUCCCGCGUGUGGUGCAGUAACCGGCAGCCCCUGCACUGUGCCUUCUCCCUGGAGCGCUACACGCCCACCACCACCCAGCUGUCCUGCAAAAUCUGCAUCCGGCAGCUCAAAGGCCAUGAACAGAUCCUCCAAGUGCAGACGUCAAUCCUCGAGAGUGAAAGAGAGACCAUCACUUUCUUUGCACAAGAGGACAGCACUUUUCCUGCACAGACUGGCCCCAAAGCCUUCAAAAUCCCCUACUCCAUCAGACAGCGGAUUUGUGCUACGUUUGACACCCCCAAUGCCAAAGGCAAGGACUGGCAGAUGUUAGCACAGAAAAACAGCAUCAACAGGAAUUUGUCUUAUUUUGCUACACAAAGUAGCCCGUCUGCUGUCAUUUUGAACCUGUGGGAAGCUCGUCAUCAGCACGAUGGUGACCUUGACUCCCUGGCCUGUGCCCUUGAAGAGAUUGGAAGGACACACACGAAACUCUCGAACAUUGCGGAAUCCCAGCUUGAUGAAGCCGACUUCAACUACAGCAGGCAAAACGGACUCUAGCCCACUUCCUCUCCUGAGAGAGUGACGGCCAGCUUUGGGACAUUUGCUUUCAAUGGGAAAGAAAGAGGCAGCUUUCUGCCCAGUGGCAUUGGGGAGUUCAGCCUUCAUUUAUAAUCAGUCAACAUCCCCGAUUGAAGACACUGAAUUUGAUAUAAGUAAAAUAUCUUGGUAGGGAAAAGUACUAGCUCUCUUAAACAUAAGACGGUUCUACAGUCUCCUCUGAAUCCAUACUUGGGUUCACACUUGAGGGACUGCUCAGAUUUGGAGUGACAAGGAUAAAGUGAGAUAACUGUGGGGAAAGAUGAGCUGUAACAAAGCUGGGAAGCAGAGGUUAAAUCAGUGCAUGUUUUGAAACAGAUUUUUAAUGAUGCACCCCCAAAGGACCGGCUGAUGCUGGUACCAGACUGUCAAGAGUUUUCUAACCAACUGGCAUGGGCGAUGUUGGCAAUCAGUGUAAACUGGCUUUUAGAAGUGAAGCAGGGUUGCCAACUCAUUUGUAGACUUCAACGGUGUCAAGAAGGGCAUUUAGAAUUUUGAAUCUGAGUACACCACACCAGCACCAAUUCCCUAUCUAUCCCAGCCACUCACUAGGUCGAGAAGUAAGAGAGACCACACGCUCAUCUUGCAGCAUACCUACCCCACCUUCAUUUUCUCCAAGGACAAAUCUAUCCACAUUCUUUCUUCCCCUUACACUAGGGGAGAAGUUUCAAGGAACAUAGACUUUUCAGUAUGGGAAUUUAUUUUUUCUAGCUUAACUCAACAGAACCAUCUCUAAUUCUCAGCCAAGCCACUCAAGUUGCAAGUUAUUAGAACACAGCUUAUGCACAGAUUUAGAGACUAGAGAGGUCAAGUCAGAUCCAAGGAAACAUGAAUGCAGAUGCCACAGGCCUCAAGCUGUCAUUCUAGGGUGCAGGCGUUGAUUUAGUUCCCCAGCAUGGUGCUUAUGAAGGGAUGAGGGGUUUCAGGGUCCUUUACAAUCCAGUUCUUGAAUUUUCCAGCCUUUUGGUACUGUGUUCAUACAAAAUCUCUCCAUAGAGACUAUAGGUCAUCCUCGUUUUGCCUCUUAAGAAAUUAGCAAAUGGUCUUUGCUCUAAACGUUAUCCAACUACAUAGACAUGAGGAAUACUUCUACCAAUGUCUCAAACUACACACGUUGUUCAGAGAGCCUUCACGCUCCAAUAAUUCAACCUUCUUGCGUAUGUUUUCUUUAAGGACCAUUAACAUAGUGUACUAUGUUUGAAAUGAAAGGCAACAAUAUUGUGGAGAAUUGAAAUCCACAGAUAGUACAUGACCCCCAUCUUAACACUUCACUCCAUCUUUUAUCCUGUUUAAUUAUUUUUGACAAAAUAUCCUGGUGGACUAAAGAUGAACAGAUUUGCUCCUGUUCAUUUAGUGGAUGUUUUAAUUAGCUGUCCAGAAUCAGGACAGCCAAAGUCAAGGACCUAGAUUAACCCACUACCUAGCGGUUGACUCCAUUAGAAUGAAAAUAGGGAAUGGGGGAGAUGGGAAAUACUUGGCAGUAGAGAUGCAGCCAAUUUUUU